UCAGGGAGUCUCUGCAGGGGCCGCCGCCCGCCAGGCACAUCUCGUGCAGCGCUCAGAGCCCAUUUGGUAAAGGAGGCGGGUACAGAGGCUAAGGGACGCGCCCAAGGUCACCCAGCCCGGAGCCCAAGCCCAGGAAUCGAGGGGGGAGGGUGGAAGCCAAGCCGUUAGUCCUCGGAGGCCCCUCAGCAGCAGCUGAGCAGGUGAGGGGUCCUCAGACCCCCGCCGACACCCCUCCAGGAGCCCCUGUAGAAAGGCUCGGCCGCCGGAGUGGUCGGAAACCCGGAUGUGAAGCGGGUGCGACUUGUGGCAGGUGGAACCCUUUUCUCCAAGCGGGUGGGCCAGCCAGGGAGUGACCCAGGUUCUGCUGUAGGCGGGGAAGGGGUGGUCUGCCGAGUCUGCCUUUGAGGGUUGAAGCCAGACUCACCGGCCUCCUUUCUGAAAAGGGGCUCAUUGCAAACAGAUACACGUGCUCAGGAACCCAGGCAGCUGUGCACGCGGAGUGAUCUCAGGCGGCUCCGAUGCUGAAACACAGGAGCAUCAGGCCUGUGCUGCUGCUGCUGGCUCAGCUGCCCAAGGCUCAGCACGGGCUCUCUCAGCACAAGGCCUCCACCCUCCUGAAGACUCCUGGAGGCGAGGCCCUCCAUGUGAGGUGCCGGCUCUUGUCAAGGCAGGGCCCUGCAGAGACAGGCAGGCAGGGCCAGCCCCGGGGCCCUGGGCUGCGAACUAGGCUGCUGGUCACGGCCUUAUUUGGGGCGGGGCUGGGUGGGGCCUGGCUGGCCGUGAGGGCAGAGAAGGAGCAGCAGCGGCAGCAGCGGCGGACAGAGGCCCUGCGCCAGGCCUCCGUGGGCCAGGGAGACUUUAGCCUGCUGGACCACCAGGGCCAGGCUCGCUGCAAAGCCGACUUCCGAGGCCAGUGGGUGCUGUUGUACUUUGGCUUCACUCACUGUCCCGACAUCUGCCCUGACGAACUGGAGAAGCUGGUGCAGGUGGUGCGGCAGCUGGAGGCCCAGCCUGGCCUGCCCCUGGUGCAGCCCGUCUUCAUCACUGUGGACCCCGCGCGGGACGAUGUUGCUGCCAUGGCCCGCUACGUGCAGGACUUCCAUCCGCGGCUACUGGGCCUGACGGGCUCGGCUGAGCAGGUUGCCCAGGUCAGCCGCAGCUACCGUGUGUACUACAGUGCCGGCCCCAAGGACGCGGACCAGGACUACAUCGUGGACCACUCCAUCGCCAUCUACCUGCUCAACCCCGACGGCCUCUUCACGGACUACUACGGCCGGGCCAGGUCGGCCGAGCAGAUUGCAGACAGUGUGCGGCGCCAUAUGGCUGCCUUCCGCAGCGUCCUGCACUGACCUGGGUCAUUAAAGGGUGUGGUGGAGCUGA